GAUACGUUUCCUUGGGAGACCGGUUCCGGGGAUGAGGUGAAAUGAGGAGGGCCUCGUACUGGUCGCGUGGGUUUCCUUCUCGCGCUUGGCGAUAGGACCUCUUCCUGUCCGUGGGACGAUGUUUCCUCUCAAAAGUCCGUAGACAGCGCAGUCGGAGCCGUGUUACUUGACUCCGGCGCUGCUCCGUCGCCAGAGAAAUUUGGGGCGUCGCCUUGCCCAGCCAUCCUCCCGCGGACGCUCGCUGCCAUGGCGACGCUGCUGCGCCGGGUCCUGCGCCCCCUCCGUCGGCUGCCUGGUCGCCCCGGGCCUGCUGCAGAUGUGUCCCUCCGGCCCCGGAGCCAUGGCGCUGGCCUGCUGUACCCGGACCAUAUCCCCACCUCCCCGCUGCAGAAGGCGCUGCUGGCCGCCGGCUCUGCAGGCAUGGCGCUCUACAACCCCUAUCGCCACGACAUGGUUGCAGUUCUAGGGGAGACCACAGGACACCGUACCCUGAAGAUCCUCAGGGACCAGAUGAGGAGGGAUCCAGAGGGUGCCCAGAUCCUACAGGAGCGUCCCAGAAUCUCUCUGUCCACCCUUGACCUGGGCAAGCUCCAGAGUCUGCCUGAAGGCUCCCUUGGCCGCGAGUAUCUCCGUUUCCUGGAUGUGAAUAGGGUCUCUCCAGACACCCGAGUGCCCACCCGCUUUGUGGACGAUGAGGAGCUAGCGUACGUGAUCCAGCGGUACCGGGAGGUACACGACAUGCUCCACACCCUGCUGGGGAUGCCCACCAACAUCCUGGGGGAGAUCGUGGUGAAAUGGUUUGAGGCUGUCCAGACGGGCCUGCCCAUGUGCAUCCUGGGUGCACUAUUUGGACCGAUCCGACUCAGUGUUCAGAGCCUGCACCUGCUGGUUUCCGAGCUGAUCCCAUGGGCAGUUCAGAAUGGGCGCCAAGCCCCAUGUGUCCUCAACCUGUACUACGAGCGGCGCUGGGAGCAGCCCCUGAGGGCUCUGCGGGAGGAGCUGGGCAUCACGGUGCCCCCUGUUCAUGUCCAGGGCCUGGCCUAGGCCUUGUGCUGCUGAGCCAAGAGGGCUAGGCCUCCCUCCCCCACCCUCUGCUUCUCCCGAGACCAGAGGGUUGCUGCACUGCUAUCUUUGUUCCUUUUCUUUGAACAUUGACCCCGGGACAUUGUUAUCAUAAUUUGUCAUAACCACUGCCAAGUGGCCUUGAGACCCAGCCCAGGAUGGAGCUGCCCAAAGACAACAACAUGUGAACAAGGGAUCAGUGGUCUGGGCUUGUGCUGGGAAGUCUCAGGUCUGCAACCCCUGUUCUGGAUUCCCCCUACCAGUCAGGGUUUUCUGGGGGACAGAUCGGGUGUCCUCACAGGAAUGAGGGCUGCACCCAAUUCCAAAGACCUGAGAAGAGGGACAUGGAGGGGGAGACAAGCCUGCUGUCUGAAUAAAAGUUC